CCAGCUUAACAUUCAGCUUCGAAACCUUUCCGAACAACGACCAACGAAAUCCGAACGAGUGCGUCUUUUAAUUGUCCUGCCGUGCAUUCCGCGGUGCCGGAGGAGUACACUGGGUGACGGACGGACGGCGUAUAAUAUUGUGCAUUUAAUAAUUUGCUUAAACUUGACGAGUGACCCAGCCAGGACGCCACCACCACGCCAUGAGACUUCCUUUCUCGGAGAAGACUGAUGGGAGCGCCAGCUUCCUGCGGGCGGCGCGGGCGGGAAACUUGGAGAAGGUGUUGGAAUUCUUGAAGACCAACACUGACAUCAACACUUGUAACCCGAAUGGGUUGAACGCUCUCCAUCUGGCCAGCAAGGAAGGACAUGUGAACGUUGUGAGGGAGUUACUGCAGCGCGGCGCCAACGUCGAUGCUGCUACCAAGAAGGGCAACACUGCUCUGCACAUUGCUUCCCUUGCUGGUCAGGAAGAGAUUGUAAAGGUUCUCGUACUGCAUCAGGCGCUGGUCAACAUCCAGUCCCAGAAUGGCUUCACUCCUCUCUACAUGGCUGCACAGGAGAAUCAUGACUCCGUUGUGCGAUUCCUCUUGGCUAACAAUGCCAACCAGAGCCUUGCUACAGAGGAUGGGUUCACCCCAUUGGCAGUUGCCCUACAACAGGGACACGACAAAGUUGUGGCAGUUUUGCUGGAAAACGAUACACGAGGCAAAGUGCGCCUCCCUGCUCUUCACAUUGCUGCUAAAAAGGACGACACAAAGGCUGCAGCACUGCUUCUCCACACUGACCACAACCCAGACGUCACCUCCAAGUCUGGGUUCACACCACUACACAUUGCUGCUCACUAUGGGAACGAAAACAUUGCUAACCUCUUGAUUCAGCGUGGGGCUGAUGUCAAUUAUAUUGCUAAGCACCAGAUUACACCUCUGCAUGUUGCCUCCAAAUGGGGUAAAGGAAAUAUGGUGUCACUGUUGAUAGAUAAAGGAGCUAACUACGAGGCCAAGACCAGGGAUGGCCUCACACCCCUCCACUGUGCUGCCAGAUCAGGCCACGAGACUGUUGUUGAUAUGCUGCUGGAAAAAGGUGCACCAAUUACUAGUAAAACCAAGAAUGGGUUGGCUCCUCUUCAUAUGGCUUCACAGGGCGACCAUGUUGACGCUGCUCGUAUCCUCCUCUACCAUAAGGCCCCUGUUGAUGAUGUAACAGUUGAUUUCCUUACUGCUCUUCAUGUUGCUGCUCACUGUGGGCAUGUGCGAGUGGCAAAGUUGCUGCUGGACCGUAAAGCUGAUCCAAAUUCUCGAGCUCUGAAUGGCUUCACUCCUCUCCAUAUUGCUUGUAAGAAGAACCGUAUCAAGGUGGUGGAGUUGCUCCUCAAACACGGUGCUAGCAUUGAGGCUACUACGGAGUCUGGUCUGACCCCUCUUCAUGUUGCCUCCUUUAUGGGCUGCAUGAACAUUGUGAUCUACCUAAUCCAACAUGGAGCCUCUGCUGAUGUGCCAACUGUGCGAGGAGAGACGCCACUCCACCUGGCUGCAAGAGCAAACCAAACAGACAUCAUCCGUAUCCUACUCAGAAAUGGUGCACAAGUGGAUGCCAGAGCUCGAGAACAGCAAACGGCUUUGCAUAUUGCUUCACGUCUGGGUAACAGUGAUAUUGUAGUGUUGUUACUGCAACAUGGAGCAGCGGUUGAUGCCACCACUAAAGACCAUUACACAGCCUUGCACAUUGCUGCUAAAGAAGGCCAGGAGGAAGUGGCCAGUGUUCUCUUGGAGCACGGUGCUUCCCUCACUUCAACAACAAAGAAAGGAUUUACACCUCUCCACCUGGCUGCUAAAUAUGGUAACUUGAAGGUUGCUCGUCUCCUGCUUCAGAAGGACGCCCCUGUUGAUGCCCAGGGCAAGAAUGGUGUUACUCCACUUCAUGUAGCAGCACAUUAUGACCAUCAGAAUGUGGCUAUGCUGCUGUUGGACAAGGGGGCCUCCCCACAUGCUACAGCAAAGAAUGGCUAUACACCUCUUCACAUUGCUGCUCGCAAGAACCAGAUGGAUAUUGCUACAACACUUCUCGAGUAUGAGGCCAAGGCUAAUGCUGAAUCCAAGGCAGGAUUUACACCUCUUCAUCUUAGCUCCCAGGAGGGUCAUACAGACAUGGCAACUCUGCUGAUUGAACACAAGGCUCCACCCGGUGCUUGUGCUAAGAAUGGCUUGACGCCACUACAUUUGUGUGCGCAGGAGGAUCGUGUCAAUGUUGCUGCCAUCUUAGUCAAGCACCGAGCUCAGAUUGAUCCAGAAACAAGGGCCGGAUACACACCACUUCAUGUUGCCUGUCACUUUGGCCAGAUGAAUAUGGUGCGCCUCCUGUUGAAACAUGGAGCCAAGGUCGACUCCACCACUCAGCUUGGGUACACGCCACUCCACCAGGCAGCUCAACAAGGCCAUACCCAGAUUGUAAAUUUGCUGCUUGAGAACAAGGCUGAACCGAACACAGAGACAAACGACGGCAAGACGGCGCUCAGCAUUGCUCAGCGUCUCGGCUACAUCUCCGUGGUCGAGACGUUGAAGAUCGUAACGGAGACGACCAUCAACACCACCACCACCACAGUCACCGAGGAGAAGUACAAGGUGGUCGUGCCGGAGACCAUGCACGAGACCUUUAUGAGCGAGUCCGAGGAUGAAGGAGGUGACGACACUAUGGUCUCCUCCAUGUUUGGUAAGCAGCAGCACGUCACGCUCCCGUUCUAUGAAGGACAGUUACGCUACACCAGUGACGACACAAUGCUGGGCGAUCAGUCCUACCGAUACCUCACUGUAGAUGAGAUGAAGUCUCUUGGCGAUGAUUCUCUCCCCAUCGACGUCACCAAGGAUGAGAAGAUGGAUGUGUCUUUCAUAAGCAACUCGAUGGCAGCUCCACCAGUGGCUCCAGCAGAUCAGUUGAGCCCACAACAUCAAAAGGAACAUCACUACCCACAGUUCACCGGUCAUUAUCCAUCAGACAAUGUUGAUGUUGCCAAGACUCCCAUCCUUGCUGGGCCGGAGUCUUUGAACACGACUCUCAACACAACUGUAGACUCAGCCAUGAUUGAGUCUCAGAUUGAGCCUCAGAUCAUCCAGACCAAGUUAGCUCCUCAGUUGUCUGCCCAAAUGAACCAGGAACAAGUUCAGCUCACCCCAGUGCAGCAAAUACCAGUUCAGAACAACUCAGACCAAGUCACGUCGGGCCAGUUCGCUUCCGUAACUGAGAAGUCUGCCGAGAUUCUCAAUGGGUGGGAAGGAGUGAGCCUGAACAGCCUGGCGUCCUGUCUGUCAUCUGGGACCAACACCUCGGGCAUGUGGCGCGACAGAUUCUUGGUGAGCUUCAUGGUUGAUGCUCGAGGUGGAGCCAUGCGUGGCUGCAGGCAUUCUGGCGUGCGUGUUAUCAUUCCACCUCGAAAAGCUGCCAUGCCCAUGAGGGUCACCUGCCGUUACUUGAAGAAGGAUAAGUUGGUCCACGCUCCCCCGCUCAUGGAGGGCGAAGCUCUUGCCUCAAGGAUCCUUGAAAUGGGUCCCGCUGGUGCCAAGUUCCUCGGCCCUGUGAUUAUUGAGGUGCCGCACUUUGCUUCCCUGAGAGGUAAAGAGCGUGAGAUUGUGAUCCUUCGCUCAGACAACGGAGAGACUUGGCGGGAACAUACACUCGAGGCUACUGAGGAAGCCGUACAGGAGGUUCUGAAUGAGAGCUUUGAUGGAGAGGAGUUGAAGCAACUGGAGGACCUGAACACCAACCGCAUCACUCGCAUCCUUACCACCGACUUCCCCCAGUACUUUGCAAUUGUCACCCGCAUCAGGCAGGAGGUCCAUGCAAUUGGCCCUGAGGGAGGUAUGGUGUCAUCGACUGUGGUGCCUCAGGUCCAGGCGGUGUUCCCCCAGGGAGCUCUCACGAAGAAGAUCAAAGUGGGACUCCAGGCCCAGCCAAUUCCAACCGACCUGGUGGCUAAACUGCUGGGAAAUCGAGUCGCUGUGUCUCCAAUUGUAACGGUGGAACCACGAAGACGCAAAUUCCACAAGCCCAUCACCCUCACCAUCCCUGUGCCUCAAGCCUCCAGCAAGGGGAUGAUCAACCAGUACUCCGGCGAGGCUCCCACUCUACGUCUCCUCUGCUCCAUCACCGGGGUGUUUCGGAAAAGAUCUUUGAAAGGAGGCACAACCCGUGCUCAGUGGGAGGACGUGACAGGCUCCACACCACUCACAUUUGUCAACGACUGUGUCAGCUUUACCACUACAGUUUCUGCCCGAUUUUGGUUAAUGGAUUGUAGCAAUAUACCGGAAGCAACUAAAAUGGCUACAGAGCUUUAUCGGGAGGCUAUUCAUGUACCUUUCAUGGCUAAGUUUGUUGUAUUUAGCAAGAGACAUCAACUUGAAGAAGCAAGAGUGAGAGUGUUCUGUAUGACCGACGAUCGAGAAGAUAAGACGCUUGAGCAUCAGGAACUCUUUGUUGAAGUUGCAAAAUCUCGGGAUGUUGAGGUGUUGGAAGGUAAACCACAGUUCCUAGAAUUCGCUGGCAACUUGGUUCCAGUCACAAAGUCUGGGGACCAGCUUGCCUUUAACUUCUAUGCGUUCCGUGAAAACCGACUUCCAUUCACUGUUCGUGUGAAAGAUCAACAUGCUGACCCCAUUGGCAGAGUGGCCUUCAUGCGACAACCGAAGGAUGGGCGUUGGAAGAAGGGUUCGCUAAUUAGCCUGCUAAAACCCCCUGUGUUUCAGGUUGGGCGCGGUGACCCCCCUCAGACCCCCAUCUGUAACCUCAACAUUGCCCUGCCUGACAACAUCCAGCCCGAGCCUGCGCCCUCAGAACCUGACCUCCUCGCCCUGGAGAAGAAGUACUCCUUCCUCUCCAUUAGUAAAGCCGACACCAUUCACAAGGCAGAUCUUCGUCUCACUGACAUCUCAAAUAUGUUGGGAACUGACUGGGUGGCUCUUGCCCAUGAGCUGGAAAUUAAUGAUUCUGAUAUCAACAUCAUCAAAUCACAGUACCCAGACAAUGCUCCCCAGCAAGCCAUUGUUAUGCUCAGGCUUUGGAUGCAAACAUCAGGAAAUAAGGCAAAUGGAAAUACACUCGAAAAGGGAUUGCGUAAGAUUAGUCGCGAUGACAUCGUGAAUCAGUGUAUAUUCAACGUAGAGCUGGUCACAGAUGACAUAGAGAGAGCAAUGGCCAAGGCUCAUCUAGACCAGUCUGGUUUUGAAGCCUUCAAGGAUGAACUUGGGCCAUCUCGAGAUGCAACACUCAACCGAGAUGUGUCUUUGGAUGUCUCUUAUGAUGAGCAAGACAUGAUGAAGCGCCUUAAGGAUCUGCGGGAGGCCGAGAGUGCUGAGGAGGAGGAAGAAAACCAGAGAGCGUAUCAGGACAAGAGCAGUCGAGAGCAGCGCACAGUCGACAUGUCUCCAACAUACGAGAGUGAGGAGAAGAAAUAUGCCGGUGAAGAGAAGAUUGUCACCGAGGAGAAGGUGACCAGAGAGGAUGUCAAAGAUGGGUCUACUAUUACCAUAAGUACUACAUCAACAACUGUUAUAAAGCAACCCAGUGAAGACAUCAAAUUAGAAAAAGAAGUUGAAGAGCCUGUCCUAGAGCCCAAGGUUGAGGCCAUUAUUAAAGAGCAAAUAAUUCCUGAACCCAUUAAGGAGACCAAGGUAGAGCCAUCCUUAGCUGAAUCUGUGGUGUCAGAGCCCAUUCAAGAGACCAUUAUUACAACAGAGGAAGUUAUUUCACAUGUAGAGCCACAGAAGAAGAUGGUGUUCACUGUGACAGAAGCCGAGGAGGAGGAGAUCGAGAAGGAUGAACAAGUGGUGGAGCAGAAAGAACUAGAGAAGCCAGUUGUGAAAGUUGUAGAAAAACCAGCAGAGGUUAUAGAGAAGAUCGAAGAAGUGAAAAUGGAACCAGAAACCUUUGAAGAAAUUCAUGCCCCAGAAGUGGAAGAAACACAGAAGACACAGAAAACAACGACUGUGACAGAGAUUAUCAGUGGGCCAGCAGAAGCUCCUACUACAGUUACUACCACACAGAAAGAGACCUAUACCACAUCAGAUGAUGGAACUAUCCAAGAACAUAUUGUGGUUCAGAAGCAAACCACUAAAGCUGUUGAUGGAUUGGAGAUGGGAGAAGACAAGUCAGUCAUCCUUCAAAAACUUGGAGAGGAGCUAGGCAGACUGGAUGAGAAGUUAGAAGAGAAAUUCAGGGAGAAGAGAAAAACAGAUGAACCAGAAGUGGCACAAGAAGAGGUGAAAGAGGAAGUAGUGGCGGCUAUCCGUCGUGAGGGCCAAGCCCAACCUACCUCACAGAUAGUAGUGGAAUAUGGCACGCUGCCUUCCACCCUCUCUGUCACCACCACCACCACCACCACAACAACUUCCAGCAUCACCCCCACCCCAGAUGGGUUCACUCAGACGUCUGUUGAAUCCAGUCAGAUGUCCUCUAAACGGGGCACUGCUGAAGUGAGCUACCCGGGCACCACCACCACCAUUGAUGAUGACGCUGUGAUGCAGAUGGGGCAAGCCUUAAUCCAGCAGACGGCGCCCCAGCUUGUGGACAAAAGGAUUGUCCAGGAGGACCCGCUUCAGGAGGAGGUAUCUCAGCAGUAUCAAACCGUCCAAGAACAACCGCUAGACAAGACUGCAGCUGAACCCGAUGCGUCAGCUAAGAGUGGACGAACAGAGGAGAGGGGGUGCAGUCCCAUUACUGUACUCGAAGCACGGCCUGAGGUGGACCAAGUUACAGUAAGACCACUUUCCAGGGGCAGCUCCCACACCAUCACCACCACUACUAGCUGGGGAGCUCCGGUGUCCACGACCACUAAUAUUCAGCUUGGAGAUAAUGAAUCAGCUCACUGUGUGCAGUUUACCCUGCACUCAGAGAGCCGAGUGACACUGCAUGCCCCUGGAGAAAUCUGGGAUGAAUUACGACAUGUCAAACAAGGACAAGAGGAGCAACAACGACAACAGCAGCCAGAGCAGCAAGAUUCAACCCAAAAGGAAUCAAGAGGAGAGGUAGAUAAUAAAGAUGAUAUUACUACACUGGCUUCAAUCACAACAACACCAAAAGAGCAGACUGACAAAGACAUUUCUCAAGAAGAUACAUCUCAGAAGCACUUAAAAUCCAGAGAUGAUGAUGAGAAAGUUGAGGAAUUACAAGCUCCAGUCUCUGAUGCAAGUGGAGGAAGAGACAUUACAAGUAGUGUUACUGACAGUCAGGCUGCAGCCGCUUAUCAUGAUAUUGUUGGUGUUGUAACAUCAGCCGAGUCCAUCAGUGAAUUCCGUCAUAAAACUCCAGAUCCAUCCAAAACCGUCUCUGAUGAUGUAAUAGAAUCAACUAGAGAUACAUUGCAUGAUCAGUUUACUAGUAGUAAUCAAAUUGAUUCAGUAAAGGAAAGACUUACCUCAAGUGAAUUUAGAGUACAAACAGUAGAAGAAGUAAGUGAGAGAGUAUCACAAUCACCAGAAACAGCAGAGGUUGUAGAGGCAACAGCCAAAGAAAAUGUUAGCAAAGAAGAUACUCUUUCCAGUGAGGAGACAAUAGAUAAAGCCAUUAUUUCAGUGUUACCUGAAACUGUAGUAGAAGAAAUAGCUCAAUCUUUAGUUGGAGAUAUAACAAGCACCGAGUGUGAACACCCAGCAGCUAUAAGUGAAGAUCCUUUAUAUGUAGCAAGUGAAAUCACAGCACCGUCAGCACACCGUCCAACGACACUCAUGAUAACUUCGAACUCAAACGAAUCAACCGACGAUGCAGAAUGCACGACAAACGACCCUUCUAAAAUUGGAAGGGAAAACGAUAUCCCUCGGGACCUGAGUCAAGAAGGAAGUAGUAUGGUAGCCGUAGAAGAGUCUAAACAGCAAGGGAUGGGAACAGAACAAUGUUCAGUGAUGAGUGAGCGUCUUUCUGGAAGUGAGGGUGGCGCUGUACCUCGUACGGAGCGCCCUGUGCGGCCGGCACCUCGCACCACCACCUUGGUCAAGGUGAAGGUGGAAAAGAGACCUGUUGGCAGUCACCCUCAAGUUCGAGAAAGAAUUGCGCAUGAACACCAAACGGUGGUCCGUGCUCCCUCUGUUGAGGAGGAGGUGCGUGGACUAAUGCAGGAAGUAAAGGAGGCGACCAGUCAAAUAAAGCAGGAAGUAAAAGAGUUACGCCAAGCUGACACGCCCACUCCAGACACUCCUACUCCUCUGCGGGAGUUCAAGGAGUUUUUGAAUAGAGAAGAGGAACAAGAACAGGAGCGUCUUCCCACAAUUAAGGAGAUGUGUCGUGAGAGUGAGGAAGAUGCCUCCGUCAACACAGGAGCUCCUAGUAUCUUUGGUAAACGCCAAGGAAUAGAAUCCUUCUUCUACAAAGGUUUUUUCCUUCCGCCAGGGACCCAUGAGGCAGGCCAGCUUGCUGAGCAACAGACACCACCACUCUCCCACGAACAAGCCUCCUCCGGCCAACCUCCUUCAGGCACCAAGGCAGGCUCAGACGGUGGCCUUCAUGGUGGUUGUCCUGAAGCACAAGGCAUGGACUGGGAGGGGAAAAGUGUAGACAGCAUGUAUACUGAAACUGUGGUGCAGGCUAAACUCUCCAUGCUCCCUGAAGUGGACACCAGCGAGGGUGUUGCCCCAACCUCCUUUUCCUCCUCUACCCUCCCCCCUGCUGCCCCUCCACUGUCAACUGCCUCUCUUUGUACGGACCUGCCCCACCCAUCCAACAUCCAGCCCCAAGCUCAAACCUUCCAAGACCUUACCCAGCAGCCUUCUCAAACCUACUUAAACCUGGAACCUUCUCAUCUGCAUGAUUCUCAUUCUUUUGAACUUCAGGGCUUUGACACAUCACCAUCAUCUGCAACUAAAUUAUCAGAUCACCUUUUCCUAGAGAAGGGCUAUGUUAAUGGUGCUGAAGCUACUACCAGCCAACUUGUAGCGUCUCCUUCAUUUGCUUCCUUGCAAUCCGAAAGUGUUGCUCCAAUAACUGGAACUGAUGAAAUAGCUGCUGCAAGUGUGACCUUCAACACCAGCAGUGCUUUUAUGUCUCUAGGGCCGAUCUCGCCCACAGAAAACUCUAGCGAAGACCACGCUGAAAUUGAUCGUACGAGUACCGAGAUUUCCCCUGACAGUGUGCGUUUUGAACAAGAUAUACUCGACACUAGAACUGAAGACGAGGCUCCUGACCUGGAUGAUGACCUCUUCCCAGCUUCUCCAGUGUUAGGGCCAGAACUCAGUGAAAGAAUAUUUUCCGUAGAGGCUACAGAGGAUACUGAUAUUACAACACCUAUGGAGAUGAGAGACUCGCACACAGAACGGGAUGCCUCUGCCUCUAACCUGGAAUUUGGUGAUGACAAAGAUGGUACUGAUGGAAAAUCAGACCUUAAGGAAUCACUUCAUUUUGAAACUAAGGAUGAUAGCAUUGCUUAUUUGGCAGAAGAAAUCAAAGAAAUUCAGAAUAAGGUAAACAGACUACAGGAGCAGGUAAAGUCUCAAAUAGACCCAAUUGCAGCUAGAUCAGAAGUUGAAAUGAUACUAAAUACAAUGGAGGAUAUUAGAGAAGCCGUAGGAGAUAGUAAAAUUGAAAAUAACCCAGAGUUUAAUAAUAUGGCCCAGGACAUUCUUUCUAGUAUCAGUUCCAUAUCUGAAACAGUAGCAGAAAUGAUGCAAACACUCCGCUUGUCUGACCCAGAGUACGCUGACUUUCGGAGCAGAGACGAAAAAAUAACAGCGAAAAGAACUGAUUCUACUGUAGUUGAAACUGGUUCAGCCUAUGAUGGUAGCCCUUCUGACACAAACCUUCGUGAUCAAAGCUUUUCAGAUCUUUUAGACUCAGAGGAACUAAAUCGUGACAGCCUUGAGGAUGAUUUUGACCGACUUGCUGCAGAUCUUAGCUUGUCUCCAAAAACUGAUCUGGUUGUUGAAAUUUCACCAAAAGUCACCAGCACUGCUGCUCCUUCUGAUGUUCUAUCUUCUCCUGUCUCUUCUAAUGUUUACCCCUCCAAACCUCCUGAUGCUUUACAGGCCACACAACGGGAACCAGAUGUGGGAGUGGUGUUUACAGAACAUAAAGAGUAUGGGGGCAGGGUGAAGCCAUCUGCAGAGACGACAGGCGGACAUUCGCACAUUUCACCCUCACCCAGUCCUCAUCCUUCCCAGAGCAUCCAGUCCUCAUCCUCCACCUCUUCCCAGCAAAAAGUCCCGAGCACAGCACCAAUGACAUUAGAGAAAGGUCAGCGCUCCCUUGAUGAAAGUCCUGCUCCAAGCAGACCGACUAGAAGACAUGAACGCACUUUCUCACAAGCCAGUAAUAUAUUUACCGGGGCUAUUCCCACAGAACCUAAACCUGAACCAAGAAAAGAGGAAAAGCCACCAAUAAGUGAGGAAAGUGCUGGCAUAACUGAAAAUAUUAAACCCUAUUCUGAAAGAAAACAGUUUUGGGAGAGUGUUACAGCUCAUUCAUCUGAAUCUAAAACUAGUCAGUUAAUUAAGAGUGAAGCUGAAAGUGACACAGACACAACAGGAACUGAUGGUACUAUUGUAGAGCAAAAAAUUAUACAGACAAAAAAGGUGAGUGCAACAGAGAGCUCUGACUCGGAGGCAGAAUAUAUUCGUCAGAGAGAUGACCCGGCUUUUUACGAAAAUGCAGGAUUUGCGGGGACAGAGAAAAUUGACGUGCCCAAAGAGGUGGGUAAAGAAAGAGCCAUCAGCCCAUUUGAGGUUCUUCGCCCUGAGGACUCGGUGGAAGACCUGCCAUCCCCAGAAGAUAUUGCACUUAAAGAUGUGUCGUCCAAAAGGGCACUUUUUGAAAAAGAGAUUAAAAGACAGUCAAUGGAAUUUGAAGAAAGUCAAUCAUGGAAACGAUCAUCAAAGGAAUACGACGAAACGGUCGUGAUAACUGAAGAAUCUGCGUCCAGUGUGCUAAAGAAACGAGAAGAAAGUGAACAUCAAGUGAAAGAGACUAUGGAAAAAGAUAAAGAAACAAUAAAGGAAAAAUUGGAAACUAAAAAAGAUGACAUGUCUCAAACUGACAGAAAGAAGACAGAAACCAAGUCUAAGACAGAUAAAACUAGCAGCAGGGAAGAUCAUUCUGAAAUUGUAGAGUCAUCCAAACUGCAUCACGAGAAAAUGGAAACUAAAGAGAAAACAGUGAUGUCAGAAGUAAGCGCUUCAGGUAAGAAAUCUAUUACACAAACAGAUGCUUCUACAGAAAAAAAGGAAAAGGAAAGCACAGAGAAAGCAGAAAAGGUAAUUCAUGAAAGGAAAGACAGUCAAAGUGGAACUUUUUCAAAAACUAUAUCGAAGUCCGAGGAAAAGACGGAAAGCUCAUCGGAGGCGAAGGAAAUAGUUCAGACAAUAUCUACCGAGGACCAAGACAUCUCCCGCGAUGAAAUAACAGAGGAGGACAUGACCAGGACUGAAGAGACCUCGGAGGAAGAAGAGCCAGACGACAUAAUCACCCGCGAUAAGACGACCAUCAAUAUAACUGAGGAAUCUCGACAGGUCGGGGACACUCACGAGACAGUCGUAAGAGAAACAACCACCACAAGAGAUGGGGGCCAAGAGCAGCGAGUCAUCAAGGAAACAAAGACCCAAGAAACUGCAAUGUCUGAUGGCUCUACCGUCAAGACCACUUCUAUCACAACCUUUACCACACAACUGGACUCAAAGGAACAUGAUGACUUAGGUGAUCUCUCUAAAACUAAAACCAAAAUAUUUGCAGAACAAGUAGCAGAAGAACCAACAGAAAGUUUGCCAGAGGAGAAGCAUAUUUAUAGUACCAAAACUGCAAAAGAGAAAUCAGAAGCUUUUUUUGAACAGCGUAUGAAGUCUGACAUUUUCUCUCAAGAGUUGUCUUCUUCUGCUGAAGACCAAAGUCCAGAGCGCAAAGUACUGACACCCAAGGAUACUAAAGCUCCUGUUUCUUUGCAAGCACAGGUUGUUGCUCAACCUUUGACGAGCCCUAUUUUGGUGCCAAAAGAAACUGUGGAAGAUAUUGUUUGGGAAGUUUCACAGGAAAGGUCAGAGACAAUAAUGUCGGAGACGGUGCAAGAUAUUCCCCUUCAACAGCCUGUUGAAUCUCAUCAUGUAAAAGACAUUUCGGUAGAUGGUCAUAAAAAAAUGGAGAAGACUCCUGCCAAGCCAUCCACUGCAUCAACAAAAGCAAAAUUAAGUGAAGAGGAAGCUAGAAAACUUGCUAUUGAAAUUGUAGAAGAAGUGAAAGCAGAAGCUGUGAAACGCUCACCUCUUGUCACUCCUUCACAGACUGUGAAAGAUUUUUCAGCUGCGUUACAAGAUGAAGGUGCACAAGCCCCAUUGCCUAAGCCAGUACCUGAAUCUGCAUUUACAGAAGAAACUACCACAAAGAUUGGAAAAUACAUUCAAGAGCAAUUAGGAGAUGACUUGGAUGAAAAACAACUUAAGCUUAUUGAGUCUGUAACUGCCAGAAAAACAGAGAUAUUACAAAAAAAAAUGGUGGGUCGCGAGUACCAACAAAGCAUGGAAAUAACAGACGAAGAUCUCCGCUCAAGUGGUGCAGAACUGUCACCAAUUGAACACCAGAUGGAACGCUUACGCCAGAUGACUGAAGAAGAAGACAUUCAGCGGUUUCCUCGAGAACCCUCAGAAGCAGAUGAGAGCGAGAGUUCCAUUAUCAUCCACGAGACCGUAGAUGAUAUUAUAUCCAGUGAAUAUGAUCAAGCAAAUCAAAUGAUAUCAAAAACAUUAGACGCUCUCAAAACUGCAGAUAUCAAUAAAACAGAAAGAUCAAUAGAAACCAUCAGAGAGGUACCUGAGACAGUUGUUAGUACUGCAAAAGUAGAAGUUAAAAGAGACAUUGAUUUUUCUGAUACAAAAGAGUUGAUAAAGUUGAGUCAGAGUGAAGUUAAGGAGACUGCACGCCAACUGGUGAAAGAAGUAACUGAGAAGGCUAAGGAGUCUGAGGCAGUAAAGCAGGCAUCAUUAGCCACUGAGCUCAGGCAGGCAACUGGAAUCCAGGAACAAAGCCGAACACCCAGUCCAAAAUCGGGGUCUAAACCGGGCUCCAGAAAGGGUUCCUGGAUGGACGACGAAGAACUGAGACGAGAAUUUCGAAGAGAUUACGAAGACAAGAAAAAAAUGUUUAAGGAGGAAAUGACUUCAGACCAGCAAGACGUAUUUGAUGUAGAUACCAAAGAUAGUGAACCUCAAGUCGCGAAAAUGAUGCAUCAGAAGAGCAGCGAGUCCCAUAAAGAAGUCCACAUGGAGUCUAGUAUGACAGAAAGUAUGGAAGAAUCGAGCACUGUUGAAAGCGUUCGGUCUUUUGUCGAGGCUAAGAUGAGACCAGAAGCUGCUACCUCUGUUAUAAGGGAGUCCAGAGAAGUGGAAAGAGAAAAGACAGAAGAGGAAAGGUCUGUUACUGUUCAUGAAGUGGUCGUGAUGAGGAAAAAAAGUCAUGUUGAGGAGUUUAAUCGUCGAUCAGGAACAGAUUUCGACGCUUACUCGAGUUCUGGGGAAAGUCACUAUUUUACAGCUGCUGAAGGGACCUCAGACAGCCGAGCGGGAAGUCGACCAUGUUCGUCAGAUGUUGAAGCGCUGAUGUCAGAACGCACAGGCACAUCAGAGUAUGACACUGCUCUUACUUCCCAGGAUACAUCUCAGUACUCGAGCUAUUCAAAUUCAUCACGAGAUUACCGCACAGCUGCAAGUUCCAUGAGCUCGAGAGACUCUAUGAAAUCUAUUGAUUCGGAGAGCUCAGGAAACCUUGCUAGUGUGGAGCUUAGUGAAGCUUCAGAAACUCUUGUACCUUCUGCAGUGGAACUUGAAAAAGAUAUGGACCUCUUGGAACAGGAGUUGAUGGAAGAAGACCUCUCACACACUGCCCAACAAUCUCAUCACACCAUUAUCCCACAGUUAACUAUUCAGUCUGAAACACCAAAAUCUGAGGAUAUGCCGUGUCCAUUUGAUUUGGAGUCAGACGAUGGUGAGUUUGACCAGGAAGCUAAAGAUGAAGAAAGAGAAACUCACGUUACAUCCAGGAUGAAGAGAUCGAUAGAAAUGACCUUUCAUCCUGAACCCAAGUCCCUCACCGACGAUAAAAAACCCACCGUCGUUGAGAGCAUAGCUUCUAGUUUAGAGGAAAGCACAUUAUCAGAGGUGUCCAUGGCCACUGUAAUAGAACAAGAUAAAAGUAUGCAAGGUUCCACUACCACUGAUUCUAUCAUGACCACGUCUAGUGUUUCCGAACAUAUGGUUUCAUCAAUUGAAGGUCAGGAAUCUGAACGUCAGAUUUCUCGUACCGACAGUGGAGUCUUAACCACAGAGACAGGAGAUGGUGAUAUGGCAUUACAUUCUGUUACAAUCACAGCAACAGCUGUUCCUUCUUCUACUCCGGAUCAAAGCACAGCCUCCAUGUGUACACAAGUGACCUCUGAGACACGCUCACAGGUAGAUUUAACCGAGAGCGAGCAGUUUUUUCACGCUAAUGGACCCACUGAAGUAGAUUAUGUGCCUGAGUACGACGAUGAGGAAGUACGAGGUGCGCGGCCAGGUAUAGCCCCUACAAUGCCUCCAGCGCAGGAGGUAGCAGGAGCUGUAGCUGGCCCUUCAGAGGGCCCACAGAAAGUUACUAUUGUGGAAGAAUGCUAUGAAACAGAAGCUGACCAAGAGUAUGGUCAGAUGAUGCGAGAAAGUGAAUACUCAGAGAUGGCUGAAGCAGAGCUUCAGUACUCUCUGGAAGAACAACCAGAGGCAGAAAUGAGUAGCAUGCUAGUCAUUGAUGAACCUUUAGAGAGACCCAGGACACCAGAGCCUGGGUAUGUUCCCUCAUCCCGUCCCACACAAAUGAUCAUCCAGUCUCCAGAUGAACCUGAGGAAUUUACUGAAGUAGACAAGAGAUUUAGUGCUGUAUUUUCUACUACUUAUGAAGAGAGAGAAGAAGGUGCUCGUUCAUUAAUCCCUGGUAUGAGUGUAGAUGUUCCAGAUAUAACCGUCACAGAACAUACACUGCCCAUGCCAAGUCAGUAUUGCUACCCAGACUUGGAACGAGAGGAAGAUUUUCCUGAGUGCCGAGCAUUAGCAGAAGCAAGUGCUCAGGAAGUUCCUGCAACUCCUGGGUCUCAAGAGUCUGCGUCCACUGGUCCCUCACGAAAGUCUUCCUCAACUGAUUCUGAACAAGGCAGAGAGUAUUGUCUUGAUGAUGUGGCUCGAGGACUACCGUUCGAGUCUUUUGAAAUGAUAGAAGCCGGUGACAUUGAUGAUUUUUCUGAAUAUGAAAGGACUCUUUGUAUGCAUGAAGAACGUAUGUUAGAAAUGUCACAAAUUAGGGAAGAGGAGGAGGAAGAAGUUGAGGAGGACCAGAGAAUUAAUACUUCACCCAUUGCCAUUCCUAGUCAGUUAAAAGCUGUUAAAGUAGAAACUAAGAGGCAGGGUAGUAUUGAUUCUCAAACACACGAUCCAGAAGAAGUUUCCACAGUAGGAGCUGACCCAACUAUUGAGGAACAGAGACGAUGGUUAGAGUUGCAGUUUGAAGAAAGUGAUGCAGCGAAUUUUGAUUAUCCCCAGGGUGGUUUCCUAGAGCAUGUUUAUUCAGGGCCACUUGAGGAUAUUGAAGAAGAACGGGAAGAUGCAGAACGUAGAGAUCUUUCGCACAUUACUAAAACUUCCUCAUUAUCCUCAACCCCAGAGUACGAUGUUUUAGCUGGUAGAAAAUUUUUUACUCGUAGUGGAGAACACGAUGAUAUAUCUAUGAGUUCUCUUCAGGAAUUUGAAAAUCUUGAAAGGGAAGUUGCCGUAGAAGCUGUGGCAAGAAGGUCUAGUUCCGGUUCACAGGAAUCGCUUAAUGGCAAAAAACCAGAAAGUAAGAGUGGACAGGGUGAUGACAUCUCAGUUGGGUCAUUUGCUUCUCUUCAAGAGUUUGAGCGUUUAGAGAAGGAGUGUAUAGUGGUCGAACAGAUUGAGAAAAAGGCACAAGAGGAGGAGGCCAUGUUAUCUGAAAUUGAGGAGGGACAUGAAAGCCAAGUUUCAGAAUCUGAGAGUUGUGAAACUUUGUCUGAAGCAGGAAGAGGGUCUGUUGAAGGAGAAGAAUUUGAUCAGAGAAUGUUUGAGAUUGACGAAAUUAUUCGUCUAGCACAGAGUAAUGUAGAGAAAUUUGACAAAAACAAGCCUGGAUAUGCUGGGGUACAACUACAAGAUAUUGUUAGCGUUGAUGGUUCAGGAGAUGAUGGCACGGGCAGCAGUCAAGCUGACCGUACUCCAAGUGUAGGACGCGAAGAUGGAGAUGCCGAUUCCCUAGAAGAGGCUCAGUUACCAGAACUUGAUAUGGAUAAUCCUGAUGCAGCCAUUGCUUUAUCAGCCAAACUAGAUGUUAUGACAGCGAGUACCGAUAGUAUUGAAGCGUUAGCCAAAAAGAACAAGGUGCCUCGUGAAACGAGUCAAGAUUCUUUAGAAAAGGUACAAACACGUUCUUCAGACCCAAUGGCAACAAGUGUAGAUAGCAUUGAUUUAACUAGCCGACAAGAUCCCAUGACUGCAAGUACUGAUUCUCUAGAGGGCCGCCGGAAGCGCCAAGAUCCCAUGUCUGCUUCCACCGAUUCAAUUGAUCCAUGUCGACGCGACUUAAUGACAACUAGCGUGGAUAGUUUAGGCAGAGACGAUUCUAGUGGUCGUGAUGCCGACAUCAGCUCAGGGAGCGAGCAAGUGAGACCACUCCCAAAAGAUGGUUUAAUGGAGUGCAGUACAGAUUCCCUAGAACCAUCAUCAUCCCAGGCUACACAUGCCUUCUACCAGUAUGACACUGACUCUAUUAUGUCGGGUUCAUUUACCAGUGGUUGCUCUAACACACUACUUGCCUCAACAGAUGAAUUUCCAGAUGUGAUGACUUCUUCCAUGUACCUUCCUGAAGGAGAAUUACCCAGGGAAGGUGAAGAACACUAUGUUAAGUACAUGCAUGCCAGUAGUGGCUCAGCAGCUGAAAUGGUGGCAGGAACCAGUGAGCCGGGCUUCUCUCAUUCUAUUACACGUGUUGUUAGAUUGCCACCAGAGGCUCACCAUGUUACUUUUACAGGUCCUGAUGCUCAAAGUAAGCUUGAAGAUUACAUACAGGAUUUUAAUGCAGGUCAACAUUCCUCUCAAGAUGAGGUUGUAGAUGACCAAGGCAAUGUCCACAUACGCCGUGUGACUCAAACACGUGUUGUAGCAGAUCCCAGCCGAACUGAAGAACAUGGAUUCUCUCUCUCUGAACCUAGCACUGAAGAAACAGAAACAGAAACACGUGAUGAGCACGGUAAUGUGACGAGAGUUAUUCGGCGGACUGUUGUUACCAGUCAAACAAUAGAAGUUGAUCUUGACACAGGAGAGCCUAUAGUACAGCCUGGCCCAGUCUCCUCUUCCUCCUCCUCCUCAAGCAGUCCCUUCUCCCGUAUACCUAGACCUGUGACCAGUCCUCCUCUGGCCUCCCGGCCCCCCCCUCCUGGUCCGCCCCCUGGGUCGCGCGGCCCCCGUGAGCCCGUCCCCCCCUCCCUGGAGCCCAACACAGUAUCAGGUUUAGACGUCGAAGAGAUGAGCAGUGUGAUGGAAAGUUAUACCAGUGAUGGUAGUGACCCCAUUAUUGCUACUCAUAUCACCAGGUAUGAUCCUGACCCUCUAACUACCACCACCACAACCCAUACCACCAGGAUCAUCAGAAGGACGCAAGUAGAGGAUGGGGAAGUAAAGGAAGAUGUGUAUGAAGAAUACUAAGGAGGACUUUGAGAAGGAAUUCUUAUGGGAAGAGGAGAAAACUUUUAAAUCCUCUCAGUCCUCCUUAUCUGUCCACCUGCCUUCCUGCCUACCAUUAAAACUGCCAUCACCAACACUACUCCACCCUCAUCGGCAAGACCAUUACCUUUUCCUCCAGCCCUCCGACAUUUCCAUCAAGGAUUUUAUUGAGAGGUCUCAUAUAUUUUCAUGUUCAUCAUUGAUAAGUUCUUCAGUCACAUUAAUUGAUGGCUUUUCCCUUACAUAUAUAUAGUCCACCUUACAUUUUGUCUCAACUGGAGAACACUGUCUUAGAGAAAGAUUAGAAAACUCAUUGAAAGGACAGUGAAGUAGCAGCAGCAGCUAGUGACAUAUCGGUUGUCAAAGGAUCUAGUCAGGACCGAUACUGUGAGAGGAAUAAAAUCUUAAUUUUUUUAAUGUUAUGAAUGAGAAAUUUUAAUGUUUAUGGCCUUUUAUUGUAACAAAAUGAUAGUGUUGUCAAAGAAAAGUCAAAUCCAGCUGUAAUCAGAUUAUAAUGUAUAAUUUCCAUGAAAGUGAUUUUUUGAAAGAUGUCCACGAAUGAUCACACAUUUGUAAAGGUGCACACACCCUAUUUGAGCUGUCAAGGUGUUUUAGGUUAAGUGACGUUCCCCUUGUGAUGUGGCGUGUUUCAUCCUAGUAUGACACUGAUUAUUAUUAUUAUUAAGAAUACUUACUGCUGAAGACAUGUCAUGUAUUAUAACUAAAUCUGUAGCCACGGGAUGAAAUAGGAGACCAAGGUUUCAAUAGAAGCUAUAUAAUCAUUUUAAUAUUCAGGCUCUUAGACUGGUAGAAUGUUACUAUUGUGGCUUAUGAAACAUCCAGUUAUGGGCAUGUUGAAUGUAAGAUAGCUAUGAUAUUUCCACUAAAAUUCAUUUAACACACCCACAAAAUUAGUGGCGAGAUUGAUGAUUUCAAGUCUUGAAUAGGGUCUCAAUAUGAUUUAGGUAGACAAAGAGCAUAUAGUUACCCAACUUAUAGCAGGAAUCACCUCUCGCUCUGUUUGUUUCCCUCAUGGUCAUAAGUGGAUGAAAAAAAUAUGAUAAUGCCUUAGCACCUAUUCCUAGAUUACUCUCUGGCCAACAGUUGUUAUCUUUCAUUCUUUUGAUUUGGUCUUGACUUAGGCUGGCAUGGGAAGUGGGAGAGAGAACUAUCCUCAACCCUGUUUCCAGUCCUUGAGCUUAACUCAAGACAAAGUAGCUCCAAACAUUGUGGUCACUUAUCAAGUUUUCAAAUAAAUGCUUAAUGUGA